AUGACAGUUUUUGCGAAAACCUUCAAGAAAUCUUCUAUCCUAGGAGUUACAAUCACUCAGUUUGCUGAUGAUAUUCCAGAAGGAUGUAGUACACCUGACUUUGAGCGGAAACCAGUCUCCCAAACAUUACUGGAAGGUAAAAAUGCCAUUUUCAGAGCUGUGGUCAAAGGUGUCCCAACCCCUGAUGUCAACUGGAAGCGUACAAAAGGAGAAAUGGAUGAUUCUACCAAAUACAAAACAUCCUUCAAUGCCAUUACGAAUGAAUUCGUUCUGCAGAUAAAUAAACUCACUGCAGAUGAUACUGAUUUGUAUCGCUGCUCUGCUGUGAAUGAAUAUGGGGAAGCUGCAUGCACUGCUGGCCUCAGGAUCAUAGAGGCUGGCUUUAAGAGGAAAGCGAAAUAUGUUCCCAUUCAUCCUGCUGAUGAACUGAAAAAGAAACUUCAGGACUUCAGGAAGAUGCUGAGAAAGCGACCCCCAAAACCACCUCCAAAACCAGUGGACAUGGAAGCAAUCUGGCAAUUGUUGCUGCAUGCAAAUAGAAGAGAUUAUGAAAGAAUCUGUAUGAAAUAUGGAAUUUCAGACUUCCGUGGCAUGCUGAGAAAGCUGCAGGAGAUGAGGAAGGACACAGAGACCAAAUAUGGAGAAUUAUUGAACAGUAUCAAGAAUCAGCAACACAUCAGGGUCAACAGAAAGGGACAGGCUACAUUCAGUCUAGAGAUGGACCUGAAAAACAGUAAAAGCAAAAUUUGUCUGUUUAAGGAUGGUGAGAGGGUGAGAUAUGGAACAGAGAAUGAAUACAGAAAGUACUUCUUGAGGCAAGUAGGAAAAAGGUACAAUUUCGUUGUCAACGAUGUGCAGCCAGAAGAUGCAGGCUUGUACCAAGUCAGAGUGGAGGAUGUGCCUGUUUUCUCAACUGAGUUGGAAGCUGAAUCCAUUCCUGUGAGAUUUAAGCACCCACUCAGAAACGUGUGUUGUCUUGAGGGAGAAACUGCUGUCUUUGAGUGUACCCUAUGCACUCCCUGCUACGAUGUUGUGUGGCUGCACAAAACCCACCUCCUCGAGGCAAGUGAGAAGCACCAGAUCUCUGUAACACCUGAUGGUCUGACACACCAGCUGAUUAUCAAAGAUGUUCUGCCCUCUGACGGUGGCAUGUACGUGGUCGACACUGGGCUCUGUUUCUCAAAUGCCCGGCUUAUUGUAGAGUAUGCCAAAGGAAAGAGGAGACAGAAUGAAGAUGAAAGAGAUAAAGCUGGCUGGCUGGAAGGACAGUUAUCAGAUAAAGACAGGGUUAAAAAACUUCGACAAGGAGAAUAUCUUGAUGACCAAGAUCAUUUUAUGGACAUUAGCAUGGAAGAAGAUGGUUUGUACAGAAAUGGCCAAGAAGGCAGUCAAGGCUACUCCAGUGAUGUUGAUGGUAGACGUAGAUUUUUGGGACAAGAAGGGCUAGAUGAAGCCCAUGGAAAUGGAAGGAUACGAUUUGGACAGUUUUCUAGAGCAGAGAUAGAUGAAGACUCAAUGACAAGUGAUGGUAGUAGCAGCAGAUUAACAGGUUUAAGUGGAUUAGGGUCUUCCCAUGGCAAGGAUUCUAUGACAGGCAGAGCACAUAUUGAUGGGAAGGAUGGCAUGCCUACUAUAGCUGGUAUUAAUGGAGAAAGUAUAAAUAGAGGAGAAAUAGGGAAACCCUAUGGCAAGGAUGACCUGACCGUUGAGGGCAGUGGUCCUGCAGGUCAGCAAGGAAGACCUGGCUUACUGUAUGGUCCCAGUGGUCUCCCAACAGGAGAUGGGGCUGUACCUGGUGUAGGUGGCACUUCUGUAGGGGGAAUGGGGACUUUGUAUGGCCCAGAUGGUUUACCAGCUGGAGCAGGUGUUGGUGGAGCUGAUGUAGCAGGUAAAGAAGGAAUGGGGUACCCCUAUGGAAAGGACAAAUUUCCCAUGGGAAUGGGGGCUGGUAGGGGUCGUGGUUUGGGAAUUGUUGAGUCUCCCUAUGGAAAGGGUGGUCUUCCAGCUGGAACUGUGGAUAGUGAUCUGGGAGGUGUUGGGUCUCCCUAUGAAAAGGAUGGACUUCCUGUGGGAAUGGGAGCUGGGACGGGAAGUAUUGGAUCUCCUUAUGGAAAGGAUGGUAUUCCAGCUGGGACUAGUGUUGGUAGUUUGGGAGAUGUUAGUUCUCCUUAUGGAAAGGAUGGUCUUCAAAAUGGGGUUGGUGUUGGUGGUCCUGGUGUAGCUGGUGCAAGAGCAUUUGACUCUCCUUAUGGAAAGGAUAGCCUCCCAGCAGGAGCUGGUGGUGGUGAUUUGGGAGGUAUUGGGUCUCCCUAUGGAAAGGAUGGUCUCCAUGUGGGAAUGGGAGCUCAGGCUGGUGUUGGUGGUUUGGGAGUUGUUGGUUCUCCUUAUGGAAAGGAUGGUCUUCCAGCUGGGACUGGUGUUGAUGGUGGUGGUGCGGCUAGUUUGGGAGGUGUUGGUUCUCCCUAUGGAAAGGAUGGUCUCCUAGCUGGGGCUGGUGUUGGUGUUGGUAGUGUUGCUGGUUUGGGAGGUGUUGGUUCUCCCUAUGGAAAGGAUGGUCUUCCAGCUGGGACUGGUGUUGGUAGUGUUGCUGGUCUGGGAGGUGUUGGUUCUCCUUAUGGAAAGGAUGGUCUCCCAGCUGGGAGUGGUGUUGGUAGUGUUGCUGGUCUGGGAGGUGUUGGUUUUCCUUAUGGAAAGGAUGGUCUCGCAGCUGGGACUGGUGUUGGUAGUGUUGCUGGUUUGGGAGGUGUUGGUUCUCCCUAUGGAAAGGAUGGUCUUCCAGCUGGGACUGGUGUUGGUAGUGUUGCUGGUCUGGGAGGUGUUGGUUCUCCCUAUGGAAAGGAUGGUCUCGCAGCUGGGACUGGUGUUGGUAGUGUUGCUGGUUUGGGAGGUGUUGGUUCUCCCUAUGGAAAAGACGGUCUUCCAGCUGGGACUGGUGUUGAUGGUGUUGCUGGUCUGGGAGGUGUUGGUUCUCCCUAUGGAAAGGAUGGUCUCGCAGCUGGGACUGGUGUUGGUAGUGUUGCUGGUUUGGGAGGUGUUGGUUCUCCCUAUGGAAAAGACGGUCUUCCAGCUGGGACUGGUGUUGAUGGUGCUGGUAGUGCUGCUGGUUUGGGAGGUGUUGGUUCUCCUUAUGGAAAGGAUGGUCACCCAGCUGGGACUGGUGUUGGUGCUGGUAGUGUUGCUGGUUUGGGAGGUGUUGGUUCUCCUUAUGGAAAGGAUGGUCUCCCAGCUGGGGCUGGUGUUGGUGGUGUUGCUGGUUUGGGAGGUGUGGGUUCUCCUUGUGGAAAGGAUGGUCUUCCAGCUGAGGCUGUUGGUGGUGGUGCUGGUGUAGCUGGUGCAGGAGGAUUUGGUUCUUUCUAUGGAAAGGAUGGUCUUCCAGCUGGGGCUGGUGUUGAUCAUGGUGGUGUUGGUGGUUUGGGAGGUGUUGGUUCUCCCUAUGGAAAGGAUGGUCUUCCAGCUGGGACUGGUGGUAGUGCUGGUGUAGCUGGUGCAGGAGGAUUUGUUACCGAUUCUCCUUAUGGAAAGGAUGGACUUCCAUCUGGGGCUGGUGUUGAUGGUACUCGUGUUAGUGGUGUGGGAGGUUUUGGGCCUCCCUGUGGAAAGGAUGGUCUUCCAGCUGGGGCUGCUGCUGGUGGUGGUGGUGUUUUGGGAGGUGUUGUGUCUCCUUAUAGAAAGGAUGGUCUCCCAGCUGGGGCUGGUAUUGGUAGUUCUGGUGUAGGGGCAAUUGACUCUCUCUAUGGAAAAGAUGGUCUUCCAGUGGGAAAUGCAGCUGGGACUUUUCCCAGUGGUGCAACUGUAGCUGGUGCAGGGGACGUUGAAUCUUCAUAUGGAAAGGGUGGUCUCCCUGCAGGGGCUGGUGUUGAUGGUGCUGCUGUAGCUGAUGCAGGAGGAUUCGGCUCUCCCUACAGAAAGGACAGCCACCCAGCUGGGGAUGUUGUUGGUAGUUUGGGAGGUGUUGGGUCUCCCUAUAGAAAGGAUGGUCUUUCAGCUGGGGCUGGUGUUGAUGGUGGUGGUGCUGCUAGUUUGGGAGGUGUUGGGUCUCCCUAUGGAAAAGAUGGAAUUCCUGUGGGAGCGGGAGCUGGGGCUGGUGUUGUUGCUGGAGUUGGUUUGGGAGGUGUUGGGACUCCCUAUGGAAAGGAUGGUCUUCCAUCUGGGGCUGGUGUUGAUGGUGGUAGUGCUGCUGGUUUGGGAGGUGUUGGUUCUCCCUAUGGAAAAGAUGGAAGUCCUGUGGGAGUGGGAGCUGGGGCUGGUGUUGUUGCUGGAGUUGAUUUGGGAGGUGUUGGGACUCCCUAUGGAAAGGAUGGUCUUCCAUCUGGGGCUGGUGUUGAUGGUGGUAGUGCUGCUAGUUUGGGAGGUGUUGGUUCUCCCUAUGGAAAAGAUGGAAUUCCUGUGGGAGCGGGAGCUGGGGCUGGUGUUGUUGCUGGAGUUGGUUUGGGAGGUGUUGGGACUCCCUAUGGAAAGGAUGGUCUUCCAUCUGGGGCUGGUGUUGAUGGUGGUAGUGCUGCUGGUUUGGGAGGUGUUGGUUCUCCCUAUGGAAAAGAUGGAGUUCCUGUGGGAGUGGGAGCUGGGGCUGGUGUUGUUGCUGGAGUUGGUUUGGGAGGUGUUGGUUCUCCCUAUGGAAAGGAUGGUCUUCCAUCUGGGGCUGGUGUUGAUGGUGGUGGUGCUGCUAGUUUGGGAAUUGUUGGUUCUCCUUAUGGAAAGGAUGGUCUUCCAGCUGGGGCUAGUGUUGGCGGUGGUGGUGCUGCUAGUUUGGGAGGUGUUGGGACUCCUUAUGGAAAGGAUGGUCUUCCAGCUGGGGCUAGUGUUGGCAAUUUGGGAGGUGUUGGUUCUCCUUAUGCAAAAGAUGGUCUUCCAGCUGGGGAUGGUGUUGGUGUUUUUGGAGAUGGUCUUCCACCUGGGGCUAAUAUUGCUAGUUUGGGAGGUGUUGGUUCUCCUUAUGGAAAGGAUGGUCUUCCAGCUGGGACUGGUGUUGAUGGUGGUGGUGUUGGUGGUUUGGGAGGUGUUGGUUCUCCCUAUGGAAAGGUUGGUCUUCCGUCUUGGGCUGGUGUUGAUGGUGGUGGUGCUGCUAGUUCAGGAGGUGUUGGUUCUCCCUAUGGGAAGGAUGGUCUUCCAGUGGGAGCGGGAGCUGGUGUUGUUGUUGGUGGUGGUGUUGGUUCUCCCUAUGGAAAGGAUGGUCUUCCAGCCGGGACUGGUGGUGGUGGUGCUGCUGCUGCUAGUUUGGGAGGUGUUGGUUCUCCCUAUGGAAAGGAUGAUCUUCCAGCUGGGACUGGUGUUGUUGGUGGUGCUGCUGCUAGUGUGGGAGGUGUUGGUUCUCCCUAUGGAAAGGAUGGUCUUCCAGCUGGGACUGGUGUUGAUGGUGGUGGUGUAGGAGGAGUUGGUUCUCCCUAUGGAAAAGAUGGUCUUCCAGUGGGAAUGACAGAUCGGACUGCAGCUGUUGGUGGUUCUGGUGCAAGGGGAUUUGGGUCUUCAUCUGGAAACGUUGAUCUCUCAGCUCGGGAUGUGGCUGGAGCUGCCCAUUUUCCUUUUAGGGGUGAGGAGGGAAGGGGAUCUUAUAAUAAGGAUGUUAUGCUGAGCAGAACUCAAGGAUAUUUAGAUGGAGGAGGAGCUGCUUUUCGUCAUGGCAGAUCAUCUUCAGAAGGUAGGAGUGUUGGUGGUGCCUCUGCAAUACAAGCUGUUGAGUCUUCCUAUGGCAAGGAUGGUGUGUCAGCUGGCUCUAGGGCUGCGGCAGGUGGUGUUGGCAGGUUGGGAAGCGAUGAAAGGGAGUUGCAUUCAGUCCAUGGUAGAGCAGGUGCUGUUGGAUUAGGUGGUGAAUUUGGGCUGGAUUCCCAUCCUGGCAAAUUUUCUAUGCGAGGUGAAGCAGGAACUAGUGCUCACAUUGAUUUCAGAGGAUCAGGACACAGAGGUUCAACUGAUGACAGAGAUUCACUUUCAGGUCAAGGAAGUGCCAGGAGUGAGGACAGGGAUUUAGGACAGUUAGGCUCCUAUUAUAGCAAGGAUUCUGCCUUCGGUGGAGCAGGAAGUAAAUCCCAUAACAGAUAUGCUGAUGGGAGGAAGUCAGGUGUUCUUCAUGAAGGUUCACUGGCUUAUGAUCAGUUGUCAGAUCCUGAUGGUGGACUUUCUUCAAUAAACCAGAGAAAACAGAUACCUGGCCUUGAUAUUAAAGCAAAAGAAUACUUGAAGAGUACAGACAGUAUGGAAAGAAAAAGAUUUCACAAAGAUGAUUUGAAAGCACCACGUGGUCGUGUCACCAAACCAUUAGUCGAUGUUAGAGUCCUGAAAGGAGAGCCAGCUGAGCUGUCUUGUGCUGUCAGUAAUGAUGAAGUGAAAGGAACCUGGUUUAAAGACGGAUUAAAGUUAAAAAGCAUGGAUGGAGUCCUUUUUGUAGAGGAGGGCUCAGUCCACAAACUGAUUAUUAACAAAGUAGAAGAUAUUCAUGCUGGAAAAUAUAAGUUUGAAGCUGCAGAUAUGAAAACUGAAGCUUCUCUUUUUGUUGAAGAUCCUCCUCACGUUGACAAAGUUCUCCUCAAAAACCUAAUGAAUGUUCCUAUUGAGGCCAAGGCUGGGCAGAAAAUAAAGAUCAAGAUCCCUUUUGAGGGCCAGCUACCAAUCAGAGCAACAUGGCUAAAGGACAGAAUGGAGCUAGUAGAUGACAGAAGGAUUCGUGUUGAUGAAACAGAUACCUUUACCAUGUUGACCAUCUCUAGCAGUGAGAGAAAGGACUCUGGGGAUUACAAAGUCAGGCUGAAGAAUGACCACGGAGUCCUGGAGAUCAACCUGAAGAUUGUGGUAAUAGAUAAGCCACAGCAACCCACAGGACCCAUCGAAGUUUUAGAAAGCUCCGCAAGUGGCAUCACCAUUCAGUGGAAGCCUCCAAAGGAGGAUGGGGGCAAACCAGUGCAAAGCUAUAUUGUUGAGAGGAAGCAAAUAGGCCAGGAAGACUGGGUGACUUUGGGGGAAACACUCAAAGGCUGUACUACUUUCACUACCAACAAAGUAGAACAAGAUACGAGCUACUACUUCAGGGUGCGAGCUGUGAAUGCAGAGGGAACCAGUGAUGCCCUGAAAUCAGAUCAGGUGAAGGCUGUCGGUAAAGGUUCACCUGGUCCCCCAGAUCCCCCUGAGAUCGUCAGUGCCAGCAAAGAAACCAUCACAAUAUCCUGGAAAACACCUCAUAAAACUGGCAAUUCCCGAAUAGUGGGGUACAUGGUUCAAAAACGCAAGAAGGGUGCCAAUAUCUGGAUGCCAGUUACCAAGGUGCCUGUAGCAGACAAGGUACUGAAAAUAACCAAUCUCAAGAUGGGGCUGCAGUACGAAUUUCGUGUGGCAGCUGUCAACGCUGCUGGUGUAGGAGAGGCCAGUGCACCAUCAGAGCCUGUCUUUGCUCAGGAUUCCACAAAACCUCCAGGUCAAGUGAGGGACCUUAGAGUGGCCAGCAGUGACAGCACUAGCAUCACCCUGACAUGGAGAAAACCUGAGCCAAAAGAGGGGGUUGAUGUGAAAGGCUAUGAGGUAGAGAUGCGAUCUUAUGACAACCUCAACUGGACCAAAUGCAGUGCUCUUCCUAUAAACGAAACCACAUACACAGUUAAAGGCCUGCAAACCAAAGAAUUGUACUUUCUACGUGUGAGAGCCCUCAACGACAGUGGCCCAGGAGAAGCUGCAGAGCUUGAAGCUUCCACUGAAGCUGCUCCUCCUGUUGUUCCUCCCAGAUUCCUAAUAGAUGACAGAGUGAAAAGCUUCCUGAUUAUAAAAGCAGGCAAUACCAUCCGAGUGCCAAUUCCCUUUGAAGCAUCUCCGGAUCCAGUAGUGACCUGGUUAAAGGAUGGGCUUCCUCUACCAAGAAGGGCCACAAUAAACACCGAAUAUGGUACCACCCAACUGCUGAUUGAAGCAGCUGAGUUCUCUGACAGUGGCACCUACACUGUUGUGCUUCAGAAUGGGUCUGGGAAUAAAGAAGUAUUCAGCUUCCAAGUUCAAGUUACAGAUAUCCCACAGUCCCCUGGACCUAUUGAGUUGGAAGAGACUGUGCCAAAUGCAGUAACAGUGACCUGGGAGCCAUCAGCAUCUGAGAAAUGGGAAAGCAAUCUCUACUAUACGGUCCUGAAACGUGAAUCACAGAAAGGCUUGUGGCACAUGGUGGGUGAUCUGAUCUACACCAACAAGUUCACGUUCACCAAACUUAUCCCAGGCCGGGACUACUACUUUAGAGUUGUGGCAAAAAAUUACUUGGGAGCCAGUGCUCCAUCUGAAACUAUAAAGCCCUGGAGACUUCGAAAAGAAAAGGCUAAAUUUGAAGUCAAACAACCAGAAUACAGGGAAGUUAAUCAAAAUGAAACCCCGAGAUUCCUCGUCCAAUUGAAGCCUCAUGUGGUGACCACUGGGACAGAGUGCCAUAUGAGCUGUGCGGUUGCAGGCCAUCCACCACCAAAGAUCACAUGGUAUAAGGAUGGCAGGGACCUCUCCAAGGAUUCUACCUAUUUGUGCACAAAUACCUUUGGUGUCUGCUCCCUAGUGAUUCUAAGUGCUGCAAAAAGUGAUGAAGGAGAAUAUAUGGUACAGGCUACCAAUGAAUUGGGCCGUGCAUUCAGCAAAACCUUUCUCACCAUUAAAGGUAACAAUCUUUAA